AUGGACUCCACCGCCUCCGGACCCAAGCCCAGGAAGGAGAGAAGCCGGAGCGACCGAAACGGGAGCUCCAGGCUUGGGGAGUCUGGUGUGAAGCAGAGGAGUCUAGGAGCGCUGGAGUGGCUGCUCAUGGUUUUCGUCCUGUCUUUGGUGCUGCUCUUCCUGCCCGUGUCCAUCUGGUUCUGCAUCAGAGUAAGAGCAGAUUCAGCGUUGUCCAAAGAGGAUCCGAGUCAGCAGUAUGAUCUUUCCUCCGUGUUUGAUCGACAGGUGGUGAGGGAGCAUGAGCGCGCUGUGGUCUUCAGAAUGGGGCACCAGCUGAGGGGCAAACCCAGAGGACCAGGUGAGUGCACCUUCCAGAUCAAUCAUGUGGAGAACUCAGAAGUGCUCAUCCUGUCAUUUUUAUGGGCCCUACUUUGUACUUCUGCUUCUUCCCACUUUGUAUCUUUGCUCCCAGGUCUCUUGUUCUUUCUGCCGAUCCUGGAUGUGUGUCACAUUGUGGACGUCCGACUGAAGACUCUUAAGAUUCCUCUGCACACGGUGGUGACCAAAGACCUGCUUCAGUGGGAGCUGAGUGCAGUGUGUUAUUAUCAGCUGGAGAACGUGGCCCUGUGCAGCGGCGCCCUCUGCAGUCUGGACUCCACGCUGCAGGCGGUGGUCCAGGGGGUGAUCCGGGACGUUCUGUCUGAGCUGAGUCUGAGCCAAGCCCUGGGGCAGAGGAGGAGGCUGGGGCAGAGGAUCCAGAGGGCGGCCGACGCUCUGCUGUGCCGCUGGGGCAUCAGGCUGGAGAGGGCAGAUAUAGAGGAGCUCAUUUUACCUGCAGAGCUCCAGAGAAAAAUCCAACCUGAAACUGAGGCCAGACCAAACCCACGACAGCUGAGAGCCACGGACACAGACAGAGACCCCUGGGACGGUCUUCGCUCAUCGCUGAGACUCCUGCACCCGGCCCUGGUCCUCCCCCUGCCCCCUGACCUCCUCAACGUGACCUCUGACCUCUCAUCACUGCCCCCGCCUCCCCCACCUCCUCCUCCCCCUGUCGCCACGGAAACAGAGAAGCAGGAGAUCGCGCCGCCCGGGACCGAGGAUUCUCCGAUGAUGUGACCAAACCUGAAAUCUAUGACAGAUUUGGAUGAGUAAUUUAUUUCACAAUUAUGGAUGUUAGAGUUUGACUUGUUGUGAUUGUAAAUGUUGUGUAAUAAACUAAUUAAAAUUCACAAUUACCCGGGCCUAUCAAAUGUAAAACGACAAUAUAACAACUAAAAUUAAUUUCCAAUAAAUAACA